CGGUGAUUUGUAUGAGGGCGGAGGCGUGCCCGCCGUCAGAAGGAGGAGUUGAAGGUAUAGCUUUGCUAGAGGGGGGGCUGAGAGGACGGCCGAAGGACUCGACCAGCUUCGCCGGCGCUCUGGGCAAGGCCGUCGGAGCUAUGACCAAUCGGUGAGGCACUGGCGAAGCCGGGGAAGCCGGCGACACGACGGAGUGGCUCCUUAUGGCGGUCUGUCAGGGUAUACGGUCACAUGUGGCUGUGCUGUUUGCUCUGUGUGCCUGCAGGAAGCAGAGAACAAAGGAUUCUGCUGACAAGAAGGAACAGCGACAGUCGGUGAGUGAGUGGCCAUGUCAAUCAUUCUAGAAAAGUCGUCGGAUACCUCCGACACCCUUCGCCCGGCAUGUCUGUCUCGUCUGCCAGGACACGGGAGACCCACCCACUCUGCCUUUGAAGGGCGUUGGUGGUUCGCAGAAGGCCUCCGGCGUCAGUAGCAGCUGCGGGAUGUCCCCCCCGACGGCCAGCGAGGCGUGUGUGGACAACCAGGACAGUCUCAGCACCGAGUGCGACUCUGACGGGGCGUGCUCGAGCCACAGCCAGACCACCACCAACACACACGGCCGCUCCGGGAACGGGCUGGACGACCGCUCCCUGACGGCAUCACCCAUUCGCGACCCCCUCCAGGCACCCACUACGGACAGCUGCAAGCCGGCCGGCGCGGGCGGCGGAGGCGGCGAGAUUUUGGACCAGGAUGCGGACGGACCGAGCUCGUCUUCGUGCUCAUCCACGGCCGCGUCGCGUCGCUCGCGUCACUCGCUGUCGCAGCACUUUUUGCUGAACUGCAAGGGGGUGGGGCUGGGCAUGGGCGAGUUGGGGGACAUCCAGGCCGACGGGCGGGACGAGGACGGCGGUACCAGCUCGGGCGACGACGGACACGGUGGUGCCGUGGGUGGGGCCUCCUUCCCUCUCACACCGUCGGGUGGCAAUGGGUCCGUCAAGACGGCACAGCAGGGCGUGCAGGCCACCGCCCCUUUGGCGGGUGCGGCCGGUCGCAAAGGCAAGGAGGGCGGGGGAGGGGGCAAGGGCGGGAGCGGCAAGGGAGACGAGGGCGAUGACAAGGGCGGCGGCACCAGCACUAGCGCAUCUGCGUCCGCGUCGGCAUCAGCGGCGGCCACCAAGGGCGGCGGUGCCAGUGUGGCCAACAUGCAGAUCAAGACCAACCACGCCGCCAACGCCAACCCUUCGCUCGGUGCCAGUGCCAGCGCAUCGGCCUCUGCGGCGGCUGCAGCUGCCGCCGCCAUGCCACCGCCCCGCGCCACCCGCCUCACCGAGCCAGAUUACCGCCGCAUCACCUACUACUCCAACCGUGUCAAGACUGCACUCGGCCGCGUGCUGGCCCACCAGGCCACGCUCCGGGCUGGCGCCCAGACGGGAGGAGGAGGAGGAGGAGGCGGCGGGGAGGAGGGCGGCGGCGGGGCCAGUGCGGCUGCCGCUGCCCCUGCUGGUGGUGGUGGUGGCGAUUGUGGAGGAAAGGGCAAGGGGGGCAAGGCCAAGAAGGGGGACAAGUGAAGGUAGGUGAGCAAAGUCAUCUCUUGCCACCCGCGAGUUACACACACUGGACAGACAGACCGAUACGAUACGUGUGUUGUGUUGUGUUCAAUGUCAGGUUGUUUCCUCGCGCGUCCGCCUGAUUUGCCGGUUCCGUUCGUGUGGUUAACGCCACUGAUGGAUGGAUCUCCCCCACUCUCUCCCCCCCUCUCUCCCUCUGCAUCUCUCUCUGCCUGCCUGCCUGCCUGCCUGUCGUGUGUGUGUGCGGUGAUACACCGCACCCACCGCGACCACCAUCGUAGCCUGUAGUAACGACCGGACUGUCGACCGAACGGCUGGCGUGCGUGUUGUUGUGUUGUUUGCGUGGAUGUGUACGUGCCUGCCUGCCUGCCUGCCUGCCUCCCCCCUCUUGCCCAUCCAAUCCAUCGUGUGUGUGCGUAAUCCUCUCCUCUCUCGCCGCCUGGUGCCUGCCUGCCUGCCUGCCUGUCUCCUAGCUGAUACGGACGGAUGGCGGGUGUGUUGGCGGGCAGAGAGGGGGGCGGGGCGGCAUGCGUGAGUACUUGAGGGUCGGAGAGGGGAGGGGGAAAAGGUGGGUUGGCGGGGCUGCUGUGAUAUGGCGUGGAGUGGCUCUCGUACUCUCGUUGUGUAUGUGGGUAUGUAUGCGGCUAUGUGGGGGGGUGAGUGAGUGGUGUCUGGCUGCAACUUUCUGCCUGUGUGUCGUCCCUCCCUCCCUACGGCAACACUGCCUACCUUCCACUUCUCUGCCUGUCUGUCUGUCCGUCUGCGUGUCGUGUCCAUGCGCCACUUUCGCCCUUUUUGUGGCGAGGACACCCAUCUGGACGCGCCCACGGGACGGACGGACGAACGGACACACACGGUGGUUCCUCUAGUUUCACAAACAGCACAGCAGAGAGAGGGGGCGGCACACACGGUGAGGUAUUUCUUUGAAGCAUGGCUGUGCCUGGCUGGCUGGCUGGCUGCUGUGUUACGGAAAUGAGAGGGUCUGUCGGGUGUUUGGCCGGGUGUGGUGGCUGACGGAUGGAUGGAUGGAUGGACGGAAGUGAUUUGAUUUUGUUGAGAGAGAGGCACACGAAGAACAGACAGACAGACGGGGAGGGAGGAGGGCGGAAGUGACACACACCAACAAAGACACCCCACCCCCCACACCCACUCGCACACACACACCACCGACCAGGAGGUAGCUGCGUCCUCUGUCUCUGCAACACAUACGGUCUCUCUCUUGGCGGCGUGUGUGGGUGUGUGGGUGUGUUCGUGUGGUGUGGUGGCUGCGGUGCCUAAGUGGGUGGCCUGGCUGGCUGAGUGGGCGGCGAAGAAAGGAAGAACGAAGGAAGGAACGGUUUCAUCGCAGCCAGACCUCUCUCCCUCUCUCCUUUCCUCUCUCUCUCCCUCUCUCUCUCUCUCUCUCCCGCGGUUGCUGGUGCCUGACUGCAUGGGGCGGGUGGGGUGGGUGCAUGCCAACGUAUGUGGGCGUGUGCGUGGAUGCAUCGGACGGACGGACGGACACGGACACAAACACUACACAGGGGUUCGUCGGGUGGUUAACACCUACCUGCCAUUAUUCUUCAUCUUCUCGUGAGCCGACGGAGUCAAUGCGUGGAUAAAGAGAGCAACCACUUCUGGCAGACAGACAGACAGACAGACAGGAGGGAGAUAGGUGGGUGACCUGAGCUGACGAGAAGAGGGAGCGAGCAACCACCACCACUCGCCCCGGCAUCUACAGUUUUGCGGAGAGAGGCCGAGAAGGGGAGGGACCUGACUGACUGACUGACUGUCCGUGUGUGUGUGUGUGUGUCUGUACACUAUAGGCGAGCGCUGCAUGACACCCAUCUGCCCGUCUUGAUCACGGAAUGGAAUGAUGCAAUAUUGGUGUCCAGUGUGUCUGUCGCGGCUCCCCGCAACACGUGCCUUCCACGCCGGCGAGGGCAUUGAGGCUCCAGGCCAACAAAAGGCCUGGAGAGACCUUGCCUUGUCUCGUUGGAAGGCAUGUGGCAGGGGGAUCGUGACGCGUCCACACUAGCCUAACCGUCCGUACUCACCGCGCACAAUCUGUCUGUCUGGCACAGAUUUUUUGUUCCAAGAGCAGAAACAGGUCACAUGGUCCUCUCUCUCUGUCUCUGCCUCUCCCUCCCUCCCUCCCUCCCUCCCUCCAUCUGUCUUUCUGCUUCCUUGCGCUUGUCUAGCGGCUUUGCGAGAGCGUUUGGGCGUGGGCGUGAGGGUGUGGCUGUGUGGUUGACUGGCUGGCUGCAUGCCUGGCUGGCUAGUUGACCCCAUGGAUGGAUGGACAAUCGACGACAGACACUACAUCACAUCGGUUUCAAGCCAUACGUACGAUACGAGUGUACACGCCUACCUGCGGCAGGCAGGCUGGUGAGCAGUGGGUGGCCUAGAGCUUUCAACGGCCGGCCGUCCGCCUUCACGACACGAGUGAGUGACUAACUUAAGUACUUGACUAACUGGCUGAGGGAUACUGACUGACUAGGGAAAGUUAAC